AUGAUGCAGUGGCUCAGCUUGAUGGCAACAAAAAUGAUGGAUAGCUUCACAGAAUCUGCAAACAAAGUAGUAAUGGCUGCACAAAAGGAAGCUAGGCUUUUGGGACACAAAUACAUCAGCACAGAGCAUAUAUUGCUGGGGCUCCUUGGUGAAGCAAGUGGGUUGGCAGCAGAAGUUCUUCAAUGUGCUGGAAUUGAUCUUAUUGUUACCAGGGUGCAAGCAGAGAAGUUGAGUGGGAGAGGUGGUGGUUGUAGUGAUUUGUCUUAUGCAGAUUUGAGGUUCACUUGUGAUGCUAAGAAUGUGCUUGAACUCUCACUCAAAAAAGCCAAGCGCCUAGGUCAAGAUUAUGUUGAAACAACACAUCUGCUUUUGGGGUUGCUUCGGGGGUCUGAUGGUGUGGUAACUCAUUUGAUUCAAAAUCAAGGUGCUGAUGUGAAUAAAAUUCGUGAACAGGUGAUUAGACUAGUGUGUGGCAAGAUUGAAGGAAAUGUUCACUAUGAUGAUGUGCCUGCAGAAGGUUCUUCUAAGAAUAAUCAGAUGACAGUUCCUGUUGUAUCUAGUAACAAUGAUCUAUGUGCAAAAAAAGAUGAUAAGAAUCAACAAACGCCUGCCCUUGACAAUUUUGGAAUCAAUCUAACAAAAUUGGCGCAGGAGGGUAAACUUCAUCCUUUUGUGGGAAGGGAAGAGGAAGUGGAACGCGUGAUUCAGAUAAUUUGUAGACGGAUGAAAAACAACCCUUGCCUUGUGGGAGAACAUGGAGUGGGGAAAGCAGCAAUCAUAGAGGGCCUUGCUCAGAGGAUUUUGAGUGGUUCUGUUCCUGAAAAACUUAAGGGAAAGAAGGUGAUUAAAUUGGAUGUGGCUAAUUUUUUAUAUAUAACAUCAAAUCAAGGAAAUUCUGAGGAAAGAACUAUGUGUUUAUUUAAGGAGGUUGAACAAAGUGGUGAUGUAAUACUUUUUGUGAAACAAGCUGAUAUCUUAUUUGAAGCAAAGACAAAUGGGGCCCGCAAUUUUACAUGCAUUUUGAAAUAUGCCCUUGAAAGGGGUCUUAUUCAGUGCAUUUUUGCUACAACAGUGAAUGAGCACAGAAAGCACAUGGAGAAUGAUGCAGCUGUGAUAAGAAUGUUUCAACCAGUUAAAGUGCCUGAACCAUCCGUUGAGGAAACCAUAGAGAUUCUAAAAGGCCUUCGUGGAACAUAUGAGACUCAUUAUAAACUCAAAUACACAGAUGAAGCUCUUGUUGCUGCUGCAACUUUGUCUCAACAACAUGUGAGUGAUCGUUUCUUACCUGAUAAGGCAAUUGACUUGAUUGAUGAGGCUGGAUCUCAUGUUCAACUUUGUCAUGCAAAGGCCAAAAAGAGUCGAAACAUUACUCUUCCUAGUGUGACAAAAUUUGAAAUUCAGCAUGUUGUUUCUUCCUGGACUGGAGUACCAGUUAGGGAUAUAUCAAGUGAGGAGGGUGAGCGCCUCCUCAAGUUGGAAGAGAUGCUUCACAAAUAUGUCAUUGGUCAGGAUGAAGCAAUCAACGCCAUUAGCCGAGCUAUUAGGCGUGCUAGAGUUGGUCUUAGAAACUCAAGAAGGCCUAUUGCAAGUUUUAUGUUCACUGGUCCUUCAGGUGUAGGGAAGACUGAAUUAGCCAAAGCACUCACAAACUAUUUUGGCUCUGAAGAUGCCUUGAUAAGAUUAGAUAUGAGUGAGUACAUGGAAAAGUACACAGCAUCCAGAUUAAUUGGAACAGCCCCUGGCUAUGUUGGUUUUGAAGAAGGUGGUCAAUUAACUGAAGCUGUUAGACAUAGGUCUCAUGCUGUUGUUCUCUUUGAUGAGAUUGAGAAAGCACAUUCAGAAGUUUUCAAUCUAAUGCUUCAAAUUCUUGAAGAUGGAAGGCUCACAGAUGGCAAGGGACAAACAGUGAACUUCAAGGACACACUCAUAAUAAUGACUAGCAAUCUUGGUAACAACAUCAUUGAGGAGGGAAGUGGUGAAACUAAGUUAGUGAUUGAUAAAGAUGAAUGUUUUGAUCAUAAAAGGAACCUAGUUAUGGAGGAACUGAAGAAUCAUUUUAGACCAGAGUUUCUGAAUAGAUUUGAUGAGAUAAUUGUCUUUAAGCAACUAACAAAGCUGGAGGUGGAACAGAUUGCAAAUAUAAUGCUGAAAGAAGUGUGUGAGAGGUUGAAGGCCAAAAACAUGCAUCUUUCUGUUACUUGUAGGUUUAGGGACCAUGUGGUCCAUCAUGGAUACAAUCCUAGAUAUGGUGCCAGACAAUUAAGAAGAACCAUUUCAAGAUUAUUGGAAGACACAUUGGCAGAAAGGAUACUAAUGAAAGAAAUAAAGGAAGGGGACUCAAUUGUUGUUGACAUCAGUGUUGAGGGAAAUGUGGUUGUGCUCAACCAGAAAAAUGCUACAAGGGAAGAUCCUUCUUUUAGGGUCAUGGCUGAUUCAUCAUCAUCUUCGGGUUCUACAUCGGAUCCAAAGCCUACUGAUCCUAGCAUAUACAUACCUGGUCCUUAUAGAUGGGACGUCCUUCGUAAAAAGACGCAGCGUGCUCAUAUUUCACAGCGAAUUGAUGCCCCAUUAAUUAGUGCUCUGGUCGAGAGGUGGAGACUAGAGACACAUACAUUUCACAUGACCCAAGGUGAGAUGACUAUCACCUUGCAGGAUGUGGCCGGCAUAUUGGGAUUGCCUACUGACGGCUUUGUCGUUACCGGAUCUACAUCCGAGGAUUGGCCCGCUGUUUUUGCUGAUGUUUUUGGCGCGAUUCCGCUGGCCAGUGAGUUCCAUCAUUCAGGUGACCUCUGCAUCUCAUUCUUGGAUCGGUUAUAUACCCGGUGGACUGAUCAUGUCGGGGAUCAUGAUCGCGAGAUCUAUUUCACAAAGGCGCACAUUGCUCGCAUGCUAGGGUGUUGGUUGCUGGCGGACAAGUCUGGAGGUAGCAAUAUCAGUUGUCGGCUAGUCCCGUUGCUUGGGGGAGGAUUUGAUGAGAUUGGUCGUUUCAGCUGGGGAUAUGCGGUUCUUGCACACUUGUUCAGGAAUUUGUGCGAGUGUACAGAUGUUGGUCGAUCUGACAUGGGUGGUUGCUAUAUUCUUCUUCAGAUUUGGGCAUGGAUACGAUUCUCACCCGUUGCUCCACCCCUUCCUCCUCAUCCAGAGCCGGGCACGCAUUUUGGAUGCCAGUUUAAUACGGUGGCAAAGUUUAAACCUCAUGAGGUUGUUCAUUAUCGGGCAACCUUGGAUACACUAUGUAGAGAUGAGGUGGUGUGGAAACCAUAUAUCGACUCCACACCAGUAGUACCUUUGGCUUGCUGUCACACCCCUUAUUUACUUCCACACCGUAGAGGCAUGUCAACCGGAUAG